UUUGGUGGCUACCUUUCCUUGUGUUCCUCCAAUUCAUUAUGUGGUCUCUCACUGUGUGCCUCUUCCCUUCUGACACUACAGUGAGCUCCCUUUCUCUCUUUGUCAUCUCCCUCCAUCUAUAGCCUAAGCUUGAUUCCUGAUAGUGCAAGCAAAGCAAACACCCCACACUUUAUCUUUGUUUGGUCACAGCCCCCCUGAGCCUUUCUCUGUUCUCCUCCGUCUUGUUCCAACCUUUUUGCUCCUCACUACUGCUGUAAGACCACUAUUUAGUGUCUCACAACCACAACCAUUCUACCAAACCACUUCAUUUCUAUCCUUCCAACCCUUUGGCCUCGUUUGUUUUCCUUCUUCUUGCCAUGGGAAGCACAAUGGAAAACACUCUGAAUCUUCCUAUGAAGGAAGCCAGCCAGAGCUUCUUGGAGUAAAUUGCAGUCAGGUUUUUUCUCUCCCAUGCUCUCACGCGUUCUGCUGCAUUGUUGCAUGAACCAUCACGGAGUAUUUCUGCCUACAUUCUUGAGGUGUACUCUGAGACAAUGAAGUGGUCAUUUGAAUCAGUGGUUCUUGUUGGUUUCCUCAUGGGUGGGAAAGACUAAUCUUCCACAACCAACAAGACUUUAGUCAAGUGUUUUUUUCCUUCUUAGUGGGGGAGGUCAGCACCUCUGCAGAUACCAAUGACUGUUUGGUCUUAUCGCAGUUCCUAAGUUUCUUCUUCUUCUUCUUCUUCCUUCCAAGUUUUCAAAGCAGUCAUUUGGAACAAACACUCGAGUCCUCGAGCAUCUCUUCCACUUCUGGUGUCUCCUAUCUCCUGCUGGGUCUUCUGGUUUGGAAGUGGUGGAGGUGUGUCUCUGGAUAAGGUUCCCCUGAACCAUGGAGCUCAAGUUUUCUGUCAAAAGGGCAAGGAAAAGCAAUCAUUAAUAGCUGGAAUUUUGGUUCUUAAGAGGUCAAAAAGAACACUACAAAAGGAAAUAGCACAAAUAUUGAGAGAGAAUGGAUCUUUCUGGCCAUGAAAAAGAGAUCCCAAUCCCAAUAAACAGUUCAUAUUUUGGUGGUCAUGGCCAGGCCCCUGGCCACAGCAGCAUCCAUGACACCCCUCCCAUCCACCACUCGUCCAAUGGCACUGCUUCUCCCGUCUCCACUGACACCAGAGAGGACCACCACAACGCUAAAUCCUUCAGCACUAAGAAAGGGGUGGUGGUGAAGUACAGGGAGUGCCUCAAGAACCACGCAGCAUCCAUCGGUGGGAAUGCCACUGAUGGCUGUGGUGAGUUCAUGCCAAGUGGUGAGGAGGGAACUCUAGAGGCCCUGAAGUGCUCUGCUUGCAGCUGCCACAGGAACUUCCAUAGGAAAGAGGCAGAAGGAGAGCCCUCGUGCGACUGCUUCCAACCCAUUAGAUGGAGCAAGAUGAUGGGUGCAUUUGGUUACAGCCCUGCAAGCCGUAGCUUCAUUCCAAGGGCUACACCACACAGCAUGAUCAUGCCUUUGGGUGCCAUGCAGGCCUCUGAGUCUGAUGAGAUGGAAGGGGUGGUGGGCGGGGUGAUGGCAAGGCCUCCCAUGGUGAAGAAGAGGUUCAGGACCAAGUUUACCCCAGAGCAGAAGGAAAAGAUGCUGAGCUUUGCUGAGAAGCUGGGGUGGAGGCUUCAGAAGCAGGAGGAGAGUAUGGUGCAGCAGUUCUGCCAGGAGAUUGGGGUGAAGAGAAGGGUCCUCAAGGUGUGGAUGCAUAACAACAAGCACCACUUGGCAAAGAAGACCUCCCUCCAGCUUGACUAACCAAUGAUUCCCAUCUCAUCUUCUCACUCCUAUUCUUCUGUUAAUUUAGUGUUUUUUUUUCUUUCAGGAUUUGCAUGUUAGCUUGUUAUAAUUAUUUUGUCUCGUGUCACUCAGAUUGGAGUUCAUUAAGCUUAGAUGUUGCUUAUUUCAA